AUGGGUAUUGAUCACGCUUCCAAGCAACACAAGAGAUCCAGUCACAGAACUGCUCCAAAGUCCGACAACGUCUACUUGAAGUUGUUGGUCAAGCUAUACACCUUCUUGGCUCGUCGUACUGAUGCUCCAUUCAACAGAGUUGUCUUGAAGUCUUUGUUCUUGUCCAAGAUCAACAGACCUCCUGUCUCUAUCUCCAGAAUUGGCAGAGCUUUGGGCCAGAAGGGUGCUGCUGACAAGACUGUUGUCGUUGUCGGUACCGUCACUGACGACGCCAGAGUUUUCGAAUUCCCAAAGGCUACCGUUGCUGCUUUGAGAUUCACUGCUGGUGCCAGAGCUAGAAUCUUGAAGGCUGGUGGUGAAUGUAUCACUUUGGACCAAUUGGCUGUUAGAGCUCCAAAGGGUCAAAACACUUUGAUCGUUAGAGGUCCAAGAAAGUCCAGAGAAGCUGUCAGACACUUCGGUGCUGGUCCUCACAAGCGUAAGGCCCCAAGAAUCUUGUCUACCGGUAGAAAGUUCGAAAGAGCUAGAGGUAGAAGAAGAUCUAGAGGUUUCAAGGUGUAA